UCUGUUGUGGUGCUUGACAACGUGCACGCGUAUGCCUAUCUGUACAACAGAAACGGGAGAAGUCGGGUUUAAUAAGAACAUCUUUAAUAGUGUGAAGAUAACAGUCGCAGAAAACAGUCAAAGAUGACAAGAAGGUGUAUCUGCGAGAUAUGUAACUGUGGGCGGCAUCGAUGCCCUCAUAGGCCCCUUGGUGUCAUCAAUCGAGGGGGAACACCAUGUCUUAUAUCAGAAUACAACACCAAUUACCUGGGCCGAUUUGUCCCACCCCGCCCUUCCUUAAAGCCAAAAACCGAGGCCAUGCACAGCAGCGGCCCUAUGGCAGACAAGACAACCAACAGAGUUGACUACGUGAAACACCCGACAGAAAGGCCCUACGUCCACCAGCCAGAGGUGUAUAAGCCAGUGGAGGGAGAAAUGGACAUGACUACAUCUUACAGAAAAGAAUAUAUAGGUAGACCUAUAGAACCAGCAAAAGCUGUCAAAAGGGAUGGACAGAGAAAAGUUGAAGGAAAAUUUGAAGGAGAACCAACUUACAGAACUGACUAUAGGAAGUGGGCAUUGCCCAAGAAGAUGGUCCACACACAAGAACCUUGGAUGCCACCAACCGCGAAAAUGGAUGGCAACUCAACCUUUCAGCAUGAUUACAUCCGCCAUAAUAUUCCAGUCACAAAAAGCUGCAAGCCUGAAGAGGCAGCCAUGAUGUCUGAAGCACCCCUAGAAGACAUGACAGGCUACAGAGAGGCGUAUAACAAGAAACCCAUCCCCCCAAAGUAUGUCAGAGAUAAACCAACUUGGCAACCCCCUACCAUGGCUUUUGAUGGACUGUCAACCAAUAAACGUGAUUUCCAAGGCAAGAAGGCCCCCAGGGCUCCCAGUCAAAAGCCAGACCAGUCAGCAUUUAUUUCAGAUCAGCCAUUCAAGGGUACCACCACAUGUAGGGAAGACUUCAAAAGAUGGCCAGUGGAACGUCCAUUUGUCCAUGAGCCUGAGCAGUGGGUUAAACCCCAGGGAGAAAUGGACCUGAGGUCAACCACACACCUUGAGUUCACCAAGAAACCCAUGGACAGAACCCUGGCCAAAGCCAAGCCAGAAUGGAGGCCUAGCUCGGCAGCAUUUGAUGGUUCCACCAACUACAACCAUGAUUACCGUAAAUGGAAUCUCGGUAAUCGACCCCGUCCAACAAUGAAACCUGACUAUGUGCCCAACAAUGCACCUUUUGAAGGCAUCUCUACAUUCACAGCUCACUACAUUCCUAAAAACGCAGCUCCAGCGAGAAGCUGCAAACCAGAUCAGAGCGCCUUCAUGAGUUCGGCACCAUUUGAAGAUGGCACCAUGUACAGAAUGGAGUAUGUCAAGAAGAAAUCCAGCAUCUGUCCAGCUGCCAUCUUAGAUACAUCUCAGUCUAGCUACAGAUACAGAGAUCAGGAUGAAAGAGGACAUAAAUGGUAUCAGCCUAUCAUAGAGACUGUGACAGAACUUCCCAAGGGCACCAAUAACAUACCCGUGCCUCAGGUGGCAGAGAUUGCUGUUGCAUAAACUUCUUGUUGAGACUCUUUUUGUUGGGAUGUGAAGUCAAAAUUGCAUUUAGUCCAUAAGAAACCUCCGAUGCUUGAACAAAUUAGUGCAAUGUUGAAGACAUGCACUGUGAUUUUCAAUUGUGAUGAAAAGAUAUAAUCCAUUAAUUUCUUAUUGCAUAAAUAAGCACAUGCAUAGCACGUUGGCACUUCUUUUAUUCUUUGAUAAAAUGCAGAUUUUCCUCAGGGUUCAAGGAGCAAUCACUGCUUAUCACCACUUGAUAAGAGGAAAUAAUUCCGUCCUGAUAAGAGAGCAGUAAUUAUGCACAACCAGCUGAAGUACAUGUAAAAAAAUUAAAAAAGAAUUAGAUGUUUAUCUCAUGCUACAUGGAAGAAAAUUAGCCUUUAAGUUUUUGUAUUUUUUCACUAUUUGUUUUAUUUGUGUGCUUCAGCCAGUGCUUGCUUAGAGUCAUAUUCAAAACUAAUGGGUAAAAGCACGACAUAGACUAGUGUGCCAUAUUUUUAUACCUAUCAAAAAAUGAAAAUUAAAAUUCACUGCUAAGUAUGUAGGGUGGUGCUUUUAAGCAAAAAACUUUUGUGCUAAAAUUGAAAUACUAUAUGUAACAUGUAGGUGUAAAUUUCUAAGUUUGCUUCUACUGCAUUAGUGUAAAAUUAUAACAUUAUUGUUAACGACAUUGAAAAAACAAAGUACGUCACAAGUGGGUUAAGUAUGGGAUAACACCUAACACCCACCUUCCCACCAAUACAAACAAAUGUGCAAUAUACAAGGUUGUAAGUACAUUUUAGAUAUGAAGGUACCUUUAGCAUCACGCAAUAUGAAAAGGCUUAAUUUGAAGACUUUUGGUAUAUCAGAAGGUUCCCUUUCUUAUGCACAACUUUAAUUUCGCAAAUCAGGCAAAUUUAUCCAAAUCGGUCUGUUUAAUUUCGCAUUGGUUGCUUGUUCGGAGUUUGCAAUCAAGAAUGUUAUAAGUAUGCGCAUUCCUAAAGCUCUCAAGAUUAGGAACCUUCUAAGUUGCCAUGGUGAUGUGCCCCCAUUAUCUAUUUACAUAGGUUUGUCAAAACCUGGGGAGCUUAAAGGAAUCUUUACCUCGAUCCACAAACAAGAUGGGUUUUAUUUUUAAAUCUUCUCAAAUCAAAUUCUGUGAUAUAUGUUUUUAUGAUUCAAGUUUAGUUGCGUAUCUUCUACAAAUAUUAUUUUAUACAAUGUAAGUUUAGUUUAUUACAUGAAUGUUGAAAUUGUAAAGCAAAAUAUCUUUUUACAUCAAUGCUGUUCUUUAUUAUUGAGCAAAAUGUUACAGCCAUCAACGUAUAGCAAAAUAUUGUAAAUAGCUUGUAAGUUUGUGUAUAUAGCCACAUAUACUAAAAGUAUUUUAGAUUUUAAAUAAAACCAUUUCUUUGAAAAACGA